AAAAUGGCCACGGAAAAUCACUCCAUGGUGGUGACAGAGUUCAUUCUCCGGGGCUUGACCAAUCGGCCGGAGCUCCAGCUCCCCCUCUUCCUCCUCUUCCUGGGCAUUUACUCCGUCACCAUGCUGGGGAACCUGGGCAUGAUAGCGCUGAUCCGCCUGAAUGCUCAGCUCCACACCCCCAUGUACUACUUCCUCAGCAACCUGUCGCUCGUGGACCUCUGCUACUCCUCCGUCAUCACCCCCAAAAUGCUGGUGCACUUCGUGUCCACGAACAACAGCAUCUCCUACGCGGGGUGCAUGUCACAGCUCUACUUCUUCCUGGUGUUUGUCAUCGCCGAGUGCUACAUGCUGACCGUGAUGGCCUACGACCGCUACGUGGCCAUCUGCAGGCCUUUGCUCUACCACAUCGUCAUGUCCCAUCACGUCUGCUCCCUGCUGGUGGCUGUGGUCUACGCCAUGGGGCUCCUUGGCUCAACCACAGAGACCGGCCUCAUGCUAAGGCUGCCCUACUGUGAGGUCCUCGUCAGCCAUUACUUCUGUGACAUCCUCCCCCUCAUGAAGCUCUCCUGCUCGAGCACCUACGUUGUGGAGGUGGUGGUCUUCUUCCUAGCCGGAUUCAACAUCAUCGUCACCAGCGUGAUGGUCCUCUUUUCCUACGCCUUCAUCUUCGCCAGCAUCCUCCGCAUCAGCACCGCGAAGGGCAGGUCCAGGGCCUUCAGCACCUGCAGCUCCCACCUCGCGGCUGUGGGGAUGUUCUACGGGUCCACGGCGUUCAUGUACCUAAAACCCUCCACCGCCAGUUCCCUGGCCCAGGAGAGUGUGGCCUCCGUGUUCUACACCACGGUGAUCCCCAUGCUGAACCCCCUCAUCUACAGCUUGAGGAAUAAGGAGGUAAAGGCAGCCCUACAGAGGACCCUGCAGAGAAAAAUGUUUUGA